UAUUUUGUGCACAAAGUACGCGGCCCGACAUUUUCGAAGCGAUUCUGAUUCCUGUAUCCUAAUUCCUAAUAUCAUCCAAUAGCCCCGAGUUAUCCCGUGAUGCCAAGUCGUGAAAACAAGUGGUUCGGCCUGUACGAGAUAUUAUUAUUCGUAUAUUAGAACAAAAACAUCGAUAUAUUCUCACAAAAUAUCGAAAUUUCGAUAUUGUCGAUAUUUUUUGCUUCAUCACCGUCGGGCGUCAACCAUCGGUGUUUGUUACUCACGUACGGACAUCCACACAUCCAUUUUUUAAUUGUCUAGUCGCCGCUAUUCUCAUUUUGCUCCACAUUCAAUAAUAUAUAUUUACAAGAUAGCCGACAUCACCGCUGUUUUUCAUGUUUCAUUAAUUAUUCACAUUUUAUUGUUUUUUUUUAACGUAUUCUGUAUUUCCGACUAUCGUCGAGUGAUCCAAGACACACGCAUCAACAUGGCUGCCGCUUCCAUUGUUUCCGAAAACCAAGAUCAAAUUGGCUGGGUCACAAUUUCAAGCUGCUCUCUACCAUUUGUCACGCGAAUAGUUAAUGAUGAACGUUUGCAAUUUGUUUCUGUGCGAAUGGCUGAAAAUAAUCUGCUUCAGAGAUAUAUAUCUCAAUUACAUAUAAAUGUUAUGAAGUUUUCACCAGCAAAAUCUCUUUAUAUGAACAAUUUUGAAGCUAAAUAUUUUAAUAAAAUGAAUCAAAUUCAUCGCGAUAAAUUAUACAAAGAAAAUACACCAUUUAAAACCACAGAUUGUAUUGUUCGUGUUGAGGAUGUCAAAGAGUUUCACAUAUUCAUUGAAUUUUGUCAUACAAAAUUAUUUAACGAUGUUAUUCCUAACACUUAUGAUAAGUGUGGUUUUAUAUGCGUGAGUGAUGAAUUUGAUAUGUCAGUUAUUCCAUAUAUCGUUAAAGAUAAUAUAAAAUAUACGCCACUAUUCUUUUUUGAAACUGAAUCAGAUCUGACUCCAUUGUGUAAAAAAAUGGAGGGUUGGUGCAUAGCUUAUCUAAAGUUCUGUUUCAAAGUCAUGGAUAUUAAUUAUGAAUUAUUCUUAUCAAUUGAUUCAUACAUGAUGAUAAGUAUUAGUAAUAUCAAGCGUUAUUUUCAAAGAUUUACACGUUUUCACAAAUUAUGGCCACCUAAUUUUGAUAGAUGGGAUUUAAUUGAUCAUACACGAACCAAUCGAUCAGGUUCCUGGGUCAAAAUACCGCUUCAAAUACCUGCUACUGAGAAUAUUCAUGAGCAACAAGCAAACCAAAUGGAUUCAUCAAUUAUGGCUCAAGGCAGCAAUGUGGAUCAUGACCUUGAAUCAUCACCAUGAAGAAUAACCUCAGACGAUUUAAACUAAGUGGGUUGACUGAAGUUAUAUAGUUAUGUAUUAAACAUAAAAGUAUAUUAUAUUCUUAAGCAUUUUGUAUCUAUUAACUCCCAUGAUCUAAUGUUACAUAAGCAAAAUUAUUCUCAAGAUAAUUUAGUCUGCUUUUAAUAUGUUUUAAAUUAUUAUUAU